AUGCUCUCCACGAAUUUCUUUCUCACCUUGGCGACUUUUAUCAGUUUCUUAACCCUGCGCACAAAUGCAAGAACAAUAUAUCCUCGUGAAGUGCCAAGUAACAAUAAUGGCGGAAAUCUCCCAACUACAACCUAUGAACUUCGACCUAUCCGAAUAGACCCGCUGAUGCAUGGUCUCAACCGACGGUCUGAAGUCCCACCACUUCAAGACUUUUCGAGGCUGGUUCCAUCUGAUCAGGAAUUAAUGAUGUAUGGCAUCCCGCUUGACGAUGGAACCUUUUUCGUCGCAAACCUAACCCUCAGUGCACCUGAAAAUUCCCGAAUCCUCUUGAUGGAGAAAUUUGAAGGCCUUACCUCGAAUGUCGACUGUUCCACAAUUGGCGACCACAAGCUCUCUGUCACCUUGGUGGACGAGGAAGUGUUCUCGUAUAUCCAGAUUUGGAGCUGGAUCAACGAACGCGAAGAUAAUCAGUUUGUUAUGAUCACGAACCAUGAAGGUUGUGGCCCUGCAGCACAGCGUGCUGUGUUCUGGGUGCGGAAGGUGGACUAUGUGGAAGAGGCGCUAAGGGUAGACUUCUAUGCCGUUCAGACAGACUGGGCAGAAGUUGCGGGGACGUAUUCCAUGGAUUUCGGGACGAUGCAGCUGGAAUACGGCAAUGAGGAAAAUGAUGAAAAUAGGGUUUAUGGACCGCUAGAGAAACGAUUUGAUCUCUUUGGAAAGAUCAAGAACGCUUUUGAUGAUGCAGGGAAAGCGAUCAAGAAAACAGUGACAAAUGUCGGCAAAGAUAUCAAAAAGACCGCGGAAAACGUUGGAAAGGGUGUUACGAACAUUGUUGACAAGGCAAAGAAUACGUUUAAUAAGGUUAAGGAUAAGGUAGUGAGUGUGGUAGAUAAGGCAAAGCAGAAACUUGGUCAGGCUGUUAAAGCAGUUGAGAAGGGGGUUGGCAAAAUAGGGACUGGAAAGAUUGGGAAAGAUAAUCUGAGUCUCAACAUUGCGGUUGGGAAGGCAAACGUAGCGAAGAAUAUCUACACGGGGAACCAGGGAGCGCAAAUCGUCGACUGUCUCAACUGCUACGUCACUGGUAAAAUCUUAAUGUCUGGUAAUAUGCAGUUUGUGCAAUUUGUCCCCAAAUCAGCUAUAUUUGAAGUAAGGCCAAGGGACAUUGGUACAACGAUGAAGUUCAGGGUUUUUCUCCAGAAGAAUGAUGCCACGAAUCCAGCAUUCCAGUUCGAGAAGGAUGUGUACUCAAUGAAUCUCCCUGCCAUUAAUAUUCCGGGAGUCUUUGGCCUUGGACCCAAAGCGGAAUUGACUGUUAGCUUUCAAUCGAACGUCCGUACCGAUGCCGACUUUUCUUUCGGCGUCACAGGAUCUGUCCCAAACAACGCCCUGUUCCGCAAAGACCUUCUUAACAAAAACACCCCUGGCCAAUCUGGAAAAUGGAAGGGUGUCAAAAUCACUCCUCUUCCCUUUGAACUUAACGGAGGCGCUAUCGACAUGAAGUUCGAUACCGGCACCAAUCUCGUUUUUGGUGUCGGGGUCUUCGCUAUAGGUGUGGGUUCCUAUGACGCGGGAUUUAGACUAAGGCUACCGCGCAUUGGGAUUGAUCUUAAAACGGUCACAAAUAAAAAUGGAAAGCCAGCUUGUGCAGGGAACGCGAAUAAAAGUCCAACCGGGGUUACAAUGAAGAGUGAUGCGAACAUUGAGUUGGUGGCGGUGGCGGGGAAAGAUACAAUGACUGUAGGAAGCUUUUCAGAGAAGAUGCUUUGGGGAAUAAAAUUCCCGCUCCCUUCAAAGUGUUUUCCUAUCAAAGACAGCAGAGGGAAAACGGCGCCAGCUUUCGCACAAACCAAAACAAAAAGCACACUUUCCAAGGGCGUCGGUCUGCUGAAGCAGGUGAAUUCUCUCAAGAACACCUUCUCAAACAAGAAUAAGAAGGGAAAAGCCGCGCCGAAGAAGACAGCACAACCUGCAAAAAAGAAGACAGCGCGGCCUGCUGCGCGCAAGACGGCUCAGCCUGUUGCGAAUAAGAAGACAGCUGCAAAAAAAACUAAAAAAUAUUAA